GCCCAGAGGACUGACGUCUGUGCGUUAAUACACGCGGAUGUUCAGCGGUCGCUUGCUGCCCUAUUCUCCGGCAUCGCGACUGCGGACCAGCUGCCAGAUGACUGGUAUUGGCUAUAUGUAUUCGGCCGUCGGUGUUGUACUCAUUACCCUGGCUCUGAGGACUCCAGUCUCCUGGCAUUUCGAAAUCACUGUGCCCACUGAGCCGCAGUUGGCAGUCUUUGGGCGCUUCAUGGUUCUGACCUGCAGUUUCCCAGUGGGACCUGGAACCUGGGACUCUGCCAGUCUCAUUGUCACCUGGCAGCGAGGUCUGGAGGUCGUCCAUAGCUUUUACCACAGUCAGGACCAGUUGGACAGGCAGAGCCGUCGUUAUGCCAACCGCACCCAGCUGUACCUGUCGCAGCUGCAUCAAGGGAACGCCUCACUCAGACUGGAUGGCGUGAGCCUGGAAGAUACUGGCUAUUACUCUUGUUCUGUCAGCACACUGAUGGGAAGCCAGAAGAAAACAUUCUUGGUGGAAUUUGCAGCAUUCUACAGUGAGCCACAUGUGCAGAUCACGGUGUCCAGGAGUGGAGUAGAGCUACUCCUGACAUCCAGGGGAUUCCCCAGUGCCACACUGGAGUGGCAUGAUGAGCAGGGCCAGGACGUCACCAACAGAACAGUGACAGAGGUCCAAACGGAUCCCCAAGGCCUUUACACUGUAUCCAGCAGGUUCACACGAGGCCCAGCGACCAACGCCUCACUAAGGUUUAUACUAAGGAACCCGGUGCUGCAGCAGGAGAUGAUGCGGGAUCUGGCUUUAUCUCUAGCGCAUGAACUGGUUCCACAGGAUCAUCACAGAUGCCGACACCUUUUCUAUCUUUCUGUGGCCUUAUUUACAAUACUGCUGUUGGUGCUGUUAGCCCGUUUAGCACACAGAGGACCUGCUGUAAAGCUGCCAAAAAGGGACACGCCAUUUCCUAGUCACUAACCCAGUGGUUCUCAAAUUUUUUCAGCAGGAGGUCCCCUUGUGUAGGGUGAAUCCUUUUUUGUUUGUAGUCUUUAUUUCUCUGGUUUGUUAAAUUUACAUUUCACAAAAUAUAACAUUGUAUUAAAACAGUUUUGACAGUAAAACUAACAUUGUCUGAAAAGUGCAACAAAAGUACUGAAUACUGAACAAUAAUUUAUGAUGUCCAUAGCAGCGUAGUGUGCUACGUAAAAUUUAUAUUUACAUUUUUUUUAUACUUCUAUUAUUUUUUUUUUAAAUACAUUAUAUUUUACAUAGGUUGACAAGCCUGAUUUGUCACAAGUAAUUUUCUUUUUUUAGAUUCUACAAUUUCGAUGUGGCCCCCCCUAGCGCCAUCUGGUGGCCCCCCAGGGGUCUGGCGGCCCCCAGUUUGAGAACCACUGCACUAACCUAUGCUGACUGGGGCUCAAACUCACAGUCAGCAGCCCAUGCUGCUUUUUGAAGGCUUAUUUACUAUUUAUAUUUAAUUUUUCUCUAUAUUUUUGUAUUUUACAUUAAUAACUACUUCUCUUAUUUUUUUUAUGAUGCCAUGCUGUCGAUUGCCAUUUUCUUUUCAGCAUCUUGAGCGAAAAUCAUUUCAUUGUGUACUGUACUAUAACAAAUGACUGUUUUAGUAAACGCCACCAUAUUUCUACAAGUUAACUUAUACUUUAGGUAAGUAGCAAAUGACUGACCCUGCAUUGUUACUGAAAACAGACUAAUUCUCUAGGAAAGGCCUGAAUGAAGCAGUGAAAGAUCUAUUUGUAAGAAAAUCCAUGUAACUAUUUGCCCAAAUUUACUUCAGAAUGACAGUGAAUGUCAGCAAUCGAUUACAUUUUUACUUCCCGUUGUACCA